AUGACGUCACAAAAGCAGAGAAAACAGACCCCACGAGUGGGAGCACGAGCUUUAGGGGUGACUGAAGAUUGGCUGAGUAGAAGAUAUCUAGCAGAAACCAACUUGCACAUGCUGGGAAAAAAUAUUGUCUGUGACGUCACGUUCCGCGUGGGUCCCACAAGAGAGAUAAUUCAAGCUCACAAGUUCAUGUUGAUCAGUCGCAGUCACGUGUUUGCCGCCAUGUUUAAUGGUCCAUUCGCUGAAACGGGAGAGGUGUAUAUCACGGAUGUUGACGUCAACAUUUUCAAUCUGUUUCUCAGAUUUUUGUACACCGACUACAUCAACGUGAACUCAGAUAGCGUCAUGCAUCUGCUGUAUCUGGCCAAAAAGUACAGCACGGGGAAACUGGAAGAUAUGUGUCUCAAAUUUCUUGAAACAUCCCUAAACGCCAACAAUUCUGAUGAUCUCCAGGCAGACGAGAAAGAAGUAUUCCAGGCUGCCUUUGAGUGGGCCAAGCACCAGUGUGAGAACAAACACGUGGCCAUCAAUACGGAGACUUUACGAACACAACUUGGAGACAUCGUUCAUCAAGUCCGCUUCCCUCUUCUGGACAGACAGUUCUUUGUUCGGACUGUUAACCCGAGCGGCUUGCAGACGGACAAAGAACAGCGUAGGAGAGUGUCUAUGAGUAUCAUAUUGCAUACUGAGAAAUCAAGGCAAGACAAGGAACUAAUCUGA